CCGUCCCCCACCCUCGUCCACGAUGGCUAACAUCAAGCUCUUCGCUAUGGGGAACCCCCUGCUCGACAUGCAAGUCCGGGAUGGCGAGGCGUUGCUCGAAAAGUAUGGUCUGAAGGCCAACGAUGCCAUCCUCGCGGAGGAUAAGCACAUGCCUUUGUACGAGGAGAUCGUUGAGAAGUACCAGGUCACGUACGUUGCCGGCGGUGCUUCCCAAAAUGCUGCUCGCGGCGCCGCGUAUAUCCUCCCUCCAGGAUCAGUUGCAUACACUGGAUGCGUCGGCGACGAUAACCUCGCCGACCAGCUGAGGGCUGCUAACAAGCGAGAGGGCCUGCAGGAGGCGUACCUCGUAAAGAAGGGCGAGAAGACUGGUGCUUGCGCCGUCAUUAUUACCGGUCACAAUCGAUCAUUGGUGACUACCCUCCGGGCAGCGGAGAAGUUUGAGAAGGAACAUUUAGCCUCCCCCAUUGUCGCGCCCUUGAUCGAGAGCGCACAGACGUACUAUGUCGAAGGAUUCUUCCUAACACACGGCACCGAGUCAGUUCUGCACCUCAGCAAGCAGGCUGCUGAAGCCGGCAAGACCUUCGUGCUCAACCUCUCCGCACCCUUUAUCCCCCAAUUCUUUCAGGUGCAGCUGCAGCAAGUUAUUCCCUACUGCGACUUUAUCCUCGGCAACGAGAGCGAGGCCGAGGCGUGGGCCGAGGCGACCGGCCAACCGGACAAGAAGAACUAUGCCGCCGUUGCACGGGCGAUCGCGCUCCUGCCCAAGGCGAACCCCUCGCGCCCGCGUACGGUCAUUAUUACGCAGGGGCCGCGCUCGACCGUCGUCGUCUCCGCCGCCGACCCCGACGCGCCCAAGGUCGUGCCUGUGAACCCGCUCAAGGACGAGGAGAUCAUAGACACGAACGGUGCCGGCGACGCCUUCGCUGGCGGCUUCCUUGGCGCUCUUCUCAGUGGCAAGAGCAUUGACGAUGCUGUGUUGGUCGGCCACAAGAUGGGUGCGAUGUGUGUCGGCCAGGUCGGCCCCCAGUUCAAAUGGCCCAAGGUUAAUGUGCUUUAAAUGCUGUAUCUUAUCAUUAUCUAUCGCAUACGCUCUCAACAGCGUCCUGUAUCCACUAGCGCUUUUCUUAUAAUUCAACUUGCAUGGAUGGCCUCAUCAUCUCCAUUGCCAAUUGUCCACAAUAUACCAUUCUUCCAAUGCCCACUCUACUACGACCGCAAGAAAGGAAAACGAUACUAUAACAGGAUUUAGGUUACUUCCAGGUGUACAUCACAGAUCGUCCUAGCAGCUUCCGCGUUUGAAUCACGAAGGGGGUGGGGAAGCCAGAGAUUCCUGUGUCAACAACUCGGCGGGGUUCAGCAUCGGCUCACCAUCCUCAGUCAGCAUCGGUUCCAUCGGGGGCGGUCGCACGGGUUCUUGUCCUUGGGGCUCGUCGAGCGGGAGAUCUAUAUCGGCCUCACCGUCGGCAUCAGCCUCUGUAUCAUGGCCUUGAGCAUCCGGGUCAGUCGAGGGCUGUUCCGCUACUUGCCCGGAGGGUGGUGCUGGCUGCUCGCUUGCCUCUGCCACAGCAGGCGCCUCGGCCAUCUUCGGCUCAGCGUCUCCAGCUGGCUGUUGAGGAGGAGGGGCAUUAGUAGGGUCUCCUGCAGGCUUGGCUGCAAUCGCAUCUAUGACGGCCUG